AUGAAAAAUAUUAGGGUUUAUUAUAAAUUAAUUUACAAAAGAACCAUCAUCAAAAAAUUUUCCGAUAAAGCACAUUUCACACCACAUGCCAUUGAAUUAUUUCCUAACGUGUCAAAACUAUCAAAUGUUCUUUUGGAGGAGACAUCUAGUGUAGAAAAGACAUCCCAUUGUGACAAAAUUAACGCCAUUGAAAUGAUCAAUGCCAACAAGCCAAUCACAACCUCAACUUCUUUAAUUGAUCUUGUAAAUGGCCAACUCAACAAACGCAAUGAAACAAUUGUUGAAUAUGAAAUCGAUUCAAGCUACUAUCAAACAGCAAAAGUAGCUGUAGCCAAAUUCGUAGCUGCGGGCAAACAAAAUGCAGCUGCCAAAAAGAAAGUCAAAGUUUUUGAUGAGUCUACGCUUGAAAAUGGAGUUGUUGGUCCGAUUCGCAGAGUUGAAGAUCAUAAGGCAAAAGCCAGCACUGCAGUUGAUGUCACUGAUUUAGUGCCAAGCAAUGAGAAAAUAGUCAAAUCAAAUGACCUUCUAUCUGCGUAUGCACAAUUUGUCGUUUCGUCCUUAACUGUAAAACUAGCAGCAGCUAACAAACUUAACCUGAAACCUAUUACAACUUUCAGAAAAAAAUCGGAUUUCAAUGGGUCGGAUGUUGGAAGAAGAAAACAGGAACAAGAGGUUGAUGGCCUCCACAGUGUCGACUCGAAACCACAAAAGGGUUUUUCUGGUUUUGGUUCAGAGCCACAUAGUAGUCCACCAAUAAUUAGUCCAGAUCUACAUAUGGCUGAAGUGAACGAGAAUAUCAUGGAAAAAGCUGAAUCUUGGAUAUCGGGAAGAUAUAAGCGGAACGUUAAUGGUUAUUUAAAAUUUGAAAUCUUGUAA